CUCUCACUCCGUGAGACACAGACGGCAGCUUUCCGAGCGAGCUGGGGACAGGCUGAGGCGGCGCCAGCACAACUGCCGCCGCGCGCCCCGAGAAGACCUGGGCAAGAGGAAAGAAGGCGAAGCCGGAACUCCUUCCCCGAGCCGACGGACACCUGGGCGCCUCCGCUCGACACCCUUCGAGGCCACUUCGCGGGGCGGGCCAGGACUUGGGGACGCGGCUCAGGAAGAGCCGGGGCGGGCGGCGGCGGCGGGGGCCCAGGCGCGAGGGUUCGCGCACUGGGACUAGAGAGGAGUGAGCGGCGGGCCAGGCGGCGGCGGCCGUAGCCGCGGGUGCCUCCCCGCCUCGCCGCUUCGCGUGCAGCACCGCCUCCCGGGCCGCGGCCGCCCGGCCGGGUCCUCUGCGCGUUCCCGGGCCCAGAGCCGGCGCACGAUGCGCCCGGCUGCGUUCUGAUCGCCGCCGCGCCUCAGCUUCCGCCGCGAUGAUCCCCCCCGAGCCGCCGCAGCAGCAGCAGCUGCAGCCGCCGCCGCCGCCAGCCCCGCCGAACCAUGUGGUGACCACCAUCGAGAACCUGCCGGCCGAGGGCAGUGGCGGCGGCGGCGGGAGCCUGUCCGCCUCCUCCCGGGCUGGCGUGCGCCAGAGGAUCCGCAAAGUGCUGAACAGGGAGAUGUUAAUCUCUGUGGCCCUGGGCCAGGUGUUAUCCCUCCUUAUUUGUGGAAUUGGCUUGACUAGCAAGUAUCUGUCAGAAGAUUUCCAUGCCAACACACCAGUCUUCCAGAGUUUCCUCAAUUACAUUCUUCUCUUCUUGGUCUAUACAACCACACUAGCCGUCAGACAAGGAGAAGAAAACCUCCUGGCAAUUUUACGACGAAGGUGGUGGAAGUACAUGAUUUUGGGACUCAUAGACCUGGAAGCAAAUUACCUGGUGGUCAAGGCUUACCAGUACACAACUCUGACCAGUAUCCAGCUCCUGGACUGUUUUGUGAUCCCAGUCGUGAUUUUGCUCUCCUGGUUCUUCCUGCUGAUCCGGUACAAGGCUGUGCAUUUCAUCGGCAUCGUCGUCUGCAUCCUGGGGAUGGGCUGCAUGGUAGGAGCAGAUGUGCUUGUGGGAAGGCAUCAGGGAGCAGGGGAAAAUAAGCUGGUAGGGGACCUUCUGGUCUUAGGAGGAGCCACACUCUAUGGUAUCUCUAACGUCUGGGAAGAAUACAUCAUCCGAACCCUGAGCCGAGUGGAAUUCCUGGGAAUGAUUGGUCUCUUUGGAGCAUUUUUCAGUGGAAUUCAAUUAGCUAUAAUGGAGCACAAGGAGCUGUUAAAGGUGCCCUGGGAUUGGCAAAUAGGACUGCUCUAUGUUGGCUUUAGUGCCUGCAUGUUUGGUCUCUACAGCUUUAUGCCAGUCGUCAUAAAGAAAACCAGCGCCACUUCAGUCAACCUUUCUCUGCUCACAGCGGACUUGUACAGCCUGUUCUGCGGAUUGUUUCUCUUCCAUUACAAGUUUUCAGGACUUUAUCUCCUGUCUUUCUUCACCAUCCUCAUCGGGCUGGUGCUCUAUUCCUCCACCUCCACCUACAUAGCCCAGGACCCCCGGGUGUAUAAGCAGUUCCGCAAUCCUUCAGGACCUGUUGUGGACUUACCAACCACAGCUCAGGUGGAACCCUCAGUCACCUACACCAGCCUGGGCCAGGAGACUGAAGAGGAGCCUCAUGUUCGUGUGGCCUAGAAUGAGGCCCGCCCUGCCCACCAAGGCCAACUCAUUGGCCAUGUUUUUGCCCAUCAUUUCUGUAUUGUACAUAGAGAAAGGUAUUUACUAGGUGCAGUUUACACAGGUGGACUGCAAGGUAGCAAAUCCUCCGAAAGUUUGUGAAAGGAACAAGCUCAACAUCACUGGAGACUCAGGCUCCAACCCACCUGACUUGGAGAGAUGCCUAGCUAAUGUGUAUCCUGAUCACAAUUCCCCUGCAUUCAUUACUGUGAACAUUUUUGAAUCAAAAGCAAGUAUUAUUGUUAUUAUUAUUUGUAUUAUUAUUGUUACUGUUAUUACACCAACUUGCAGGAGGAUGUUUGGUACUUCUGAUGGAAACUAUUGCCAGACCCACAUGUAAUCAACAUAAAUCCCACUUUUCUAUGGCAAU